AUGCUUGACACGGAUAUCAGGAACACGGAUGUGCCGGCAGACGAAAUGACUUUGAGGCAGAGUAGAGACUCUACUGACCACAGGGCGAUAUUUCCGGAGUCACCGGAUGAAUCGUCUGACGACACCGAGUUCCGAACAGCGGAAGACAUCAGAUCCCUUGCUAGGGAGAUGAGCAGACAUUCCAUGUUUCUUACCCAUGAGCCGGCCGGUCUUUUCCAUCCAGAGUCCGGGUCUGAUUUGGACCCCAACUCGCCGUCCUUUAGUCCGCGCAAAUGGGUAAAAACUCUUCUGAGGGUAGAGGACUUGGACCCCAACGUCGGGCCCCGACGCAAGGUGGGGGUCGCGUUCAAGAAUCUUAACGUUCACGGCUACGCAGAAGGGGCCGACUAUCAGAAGACCGUUGCCAACGUGGCACUCUCGAUCUUGCAAGCGGGACGAAGAAUCCUUGGCCAGACUGGCGAACGAGUCAGCAUUCUACGCGACUUUGAAGGCGUUGUCGAAGCCGGGGAAAUGCUUGUUGUGCUGGGUCCCCCGGGAUCAGGCUGCAUAAGUGCCAAGGCCAUGCAUCACCAGUACAGAGGCGAGGCCAUAUACACCGCCGAAAAUGACAUCCACUUUCCAAUGCUCACCGUCGGCGAGACAUUGUCGUUUGCCGCCCGAGCUCGUGCUCCCUCGAAACUUCCAGGUGGAAUAUCGUCAUCGGUCUACACCCAAAACAUCCGCGACGCAACAAUGGCCAUGUAUGGUAUUCUUCAUACCGUCAACACGCGCGUAGGUAAUGACUUCAUACGUGGAGUGAGCGGCGGAGAGCGGAAGAGAGUGAGCAUCGCCGAGGCGACUCUGGGCCGCUCACCACUACAGUGCUGGGACAACAGCACUCGCGGCUUGGACAGUGCCAAUGCUAUUGAGUUCUGUAAGAACUUGAAGCAAUCAACAGAACUAGCAGAGUCUACAGCUAUGGUCGCCAUUUAUCAAGCGCCGCAAAAAGCUUACGAUCUAUUCGACAAAGUCACGGUUCUGUACGAGGGCAGGCAGAUCUAUUUCGGGAGAAUAGACGAAGCGAAGCAAUAUUUCCAAGACCUUGGAUUUGAGUGUCCUGACCGCCAGACUACGCCCGACUUCCUGACGUCGAUGACCAGUCCAGCUGAGAGGAUCAUCAGGCCGGGCUAUGAGAAUUUGGCCCCUCGUACCGCGGAUGAGUUCGCGCGGCGAUGGAAGGCCAGCCAGGCUCGCAUGGAUCUCCUCGAAGAUAUCGAGAACUACAAUCAGAGGUACCCCAUUGGCGGUGAGGACAGCGCGAAAUUCUCGGAGUCAUUCCGGGCACAGCAAUCUCGUGGCCAGCGAUCGCACUCUCCCUACGUACUUUCGUAUUCGCAGCAAGUCAGACUUUGUCUCUGGAGAGGUUACAGGAGGCUUUUGGGUGACCCGUCACUUAGUCUGACGCAGCUGGUGUCUAACAUCUCUCUUGCACUCUGUUUGGGAUCGGUUUUUUACAACAUGAAGGCUGACACCAACAGCUUCUAUGGCAGAGGCGGUGUCAUUUUCUUUGCUCUCCUCCUGAACGCAUUUGGAAGUGCUCUUGAGAUUCUCACUCUUUACGAGCAACGACCCAUCGUUGAGAAGCAUGCCCGAUACGCAUACUACCAUCCCUCAGCCGAAGCCAUCUCAAGUAUGUUGAUGGACCUACCGUACAAAGUGGUCAACAGCAUCCUUUUCAACCUCAUCAUCUACUUCCUCCCAAACCUGCGGAGAGAACCUGGGGCGUUCUUCUUCUUCCUCUUUGUCUCAUUCGUCAGCACCCUCGCCAUGUCGAGCAUCUUCCGGCUUAUCGCAUCCCUCUCGCGCACUCUGCCCCAGGCAAUGGUGCCCACCGCGGUCUUGAUCUACGGUCUCGUCAUGUACACAGGGUUCAGCAUCCCUAUCUCCUACAUGCGCGGCUGGUCCCGAUGGAUCAACUACGUCAACCCCAUCGCCUAUUCGUUCGAAGCACUCAUGGUCAACGAGUUCCACGGCAGGAACUUCAGCUGUGCGGCAUUCGUACCGUCCGGACCGGGUUACUCGGGCCUAGCGCCAGACCAACAAGUCUGCUCCGCCAUCGGGAGCGUGCCGAUGUCUCAGACGGUGAACGGAGAUGCAUACACCGUAUCCAGUUUCCAGUACCAGAACGGUCACAAAUGGAGGAACGUCGGCAUCAUGUUCGGCUUCUUGGUCGGGCUGACGAUACUCUACCUCAUCGCCGCGGAGCUGGUCUCGGAGAAGAAAGGCAAAGGCGAAGUGCUCCUCUUCCUGCGUUCCAAGGUCCCGGCACGGUCGAGCGGUCGCGACGUCGAGGGCGCUGGUGCGGCGGAGAAGCCCUUAGCCGCUGCCGUACGUCCGUCGGACGCGCCUCCGUCGAUCGAGAAGCACCAGGACGUUUUCCAUUGGGAGGACGUCUGCUACGAUAUCAAGAUCAAGAACGAAGAGCGCAGGAUACUGGACCAUGUUGACGGCUGGGUCAAACCGGGCACGCUUACUGCCUUGAUGGGCGCAUCCGGCGCGGGCAAAACAACGCUCCUGGACGUUCUUGCAACUAGGGUGACCAUGGGUGUCGUCACUGGUGACAUGCUCGUGAAUGGACAACCCAGAGACGCAUCUUUCCAGCGGAAGACUGGAUACGUACAGCAGCAAGACAUUCACUUGGCUUCGUCGACGAUCCGCGAGGCGUUGGAGUUCAGUGCAUUGCUGAGACAAGGGCAACAUAUCCCGCGCGCGGAAAAGCUGGCCUACGUCGACGAAGUCCUCAAGUUACUGGAUAUGGAAGAAUACGCUGACGCUAUUAUCGGCGUGCCAGGCGAGGGUUUGAACAUCGAGCAACGGAAGAGGCUGACGAUCGGCAUCGAGCUGGCCGCGCGACCGCAAUUGCUGCUAUUCCUAGACGAACCGACUUCUGGCCUGGAUUCACAGACGUCCUGGGCUAUCUGCGACCUGAUGCAAAAGCUGACCAACAACGGCCAAGCGAUCCUUUGCACCAUCCACCAGCCAUCGGCCAUGCUUUUCCAGAGAUUCGACCGGCUGCUGCUCCUGGCUCGUGGUGGCAGGACGGUGUAUUUCGGAGAGGUCGGCAAGGGUGCAUCUACGCUGAUCGAGUAUCUCGAGCGCAAUGGCGCGUCGCCGUGCCCGCCGGGCGAAAAUCCAGCCGAGUGGAUGCUGCAUGUCAUUGGAGCGGCGCCCGGAGCGCACACAACCGUCGACUGGCCGAGCGUCUGGCGGUCUUCAAACGAAUACCUUCAUGUGAAACAGGAACUCCAGAGCCUCAAGGACUUGGCUGCAGUUUCAAUUCCAGCGCAGGUGGAUGACAACCAGCACUCGGAGUACGCAGUGUCCUUCUGGGCACAGUACUGGCAGGUUCAGAAGCGCGUGGCUCAGCAGUACUGGAGAAGUCCUGUCUACAUCUACUCGAAACUGAGUCUUGUCGUUUUGAGUGGUCUCUUUGUUGGCUUCAGUUUCUACAUGGCUGAAAACACCAUCCAAGGGCUUCAAAACCAGAUGUACUCUGUUCUUAUGAGUAUGCUGUUGUUCAUACAGCUCAGCGAGCAGAUUGCUCCGGUAUUCGUCAUGCAUCGAUCCAUUUUUGAGAGCAGAGAAAGGCCCUCGAAGAUGUACGGAUGGAAAGUCUUCAUACUGAGCAACAUUGGCAUCGAGGUCUGCUGGAAUUCCCUGAUGGCUGUCCUCUUCUUUUUCUGCUGGUACUAUCCCAUCGGCCUGUACCGCAACGCCGAACUAUCCGACGACACGACGCUGCGCGGCUUCAAGAUGUUCCUCUUCAUCUGGAUCUACCUCCUCUUCACCACCACCUUCACCUACUUCAUCACCGCCGGUCUCGAGUCCGUCGACACCGCCGGCAGCAUCACCUCCAUGAUCUUCAACCUCCUCCUCAUCUUCUGCGGCGUCCUGGUCCGCAAAGACGCCAUGCCAGGCUUCUGGCACUUCCUCUACCGCGUCAACCCCUUCACCUACCUCGUCAGCGGCAUCCUAUCGACUGGCAUCGCCCGCGCCGACGUAUCGUGCGCGGCCAACGAGUACGUCAGCUUCGCGCCGCCCGCGGGCCAGACGUGCGGCACGUACAUGGCGCCGUACAUCGCUCGCAGCGGCGGCUACCUGCUGGACCCGGCCGCGACCGACGCGUGCCGCUUCUGUCGGCUGGGCAGCACGGAUGCGUACCUGGCGAACGUCGAUGCGCCGUACGGCGAGGCGUGGUGGAAUUUCGGGUUGAUGUGGGUGUAUGUCGGGUUUAAUGUUGUUGGGGCGAUGGCGCUGUACUGGGUGAUGCGGGUGCCGAAGAGGGGGAGGACGAAGGAGUAG